GGUACCAAAUAGAAACACCAAGGGUUUCGCGCGCAGAUGCUCCAGUUCUUCAUCAAUGGUGAUAUCGACUCUCUUCUAACCCAGCGGACGUCGUCGCUCUUCACUGGCUUUCAUCGUCUGUGAGCGUUGCAAGUGUACUCGUCGUCGUGGAGGUCCUCUGUGUUGUGCAUUCAGAGCUUGUACAUUCCCGUGUCAGUCUUCGUUAUCGCGUUAAGGUGCCCUCAAAGUACUCGCCGUCGCAUUCCCGUCAUCACUCUUGUUGCCUAUGUUCCGGCUGGACAUAAUAGAAGAACAUGUCAAAAAAAGAAGGACGACAUGGCUGUACCCAAAGAAGCAGGACCAGUAGCAGUCCCAAAUGCAGCACCGACAGCAGUUCUAGAUGCAGCACCGGCAGCACCAGCUGCACCUGUAACAGCGCCAUCUAUGAUAAUACCAAACCCUGAUCCACUUAUUCCUCCUCAAGCCAACCAACCUCCAAUUCAACUGGCACCUAUAAGAUCACCACCAAUCAGACCUUCAAUGCAGAAUAUUCCCUCUGAUAGCAAGAGGCCAGCCAAAAGGAAGAAUACCAAGAGGCCUCCUCCAAUUCUGUUCAACAACAUGAGACCUCCUUCAAUAAGCAACCCCUCAAGUAGGCCUAUUGUUAGCCAAGAAACUAUGCAUGGUGCUAGUGUUGGAACCGACUCCAAGACUUGGAGCACCAACAACUGGAUUCUCUAGUGGCAGUAGUAAUUCCACACCUAGUUAGGGCCUAAGAUUGAUUGGAUUAAGGAACUUUUGUUGUAGUGUUUAGAUAUGCCUGUUACAUAGACCAUGUUCACUUCAAUCUUUUUGGAAACUUAGUUAUAGUAUUUUGGUUUAGAGUUACAUUGACCAUGGUUUGUUUUGUUACUUAGUUCUCAUUAAACAACUAUGAUGAAUCAGCAUGAACUUAUAUGUUUACUAUGUUAAUGGGAGAUGAUUACAUAUUUGGCAUUGUCCCACAUUGAUUUGGUA